AUGUUGGACAAUCAAGAAUAUAAUUCAAUGAAUUCCAGACGAACUACUGGUGAUGAUCAAUCACAAGAUGGAAGACGAAAACGUGCCAUGAGUAAUGGAAAAUUUGAUUUUCGUUUCUUAAUUCCAUCUCGUGAUGCUGGAGCAAUUAUUGGGAAAGGUGGAAAAAUUAUUCAAGAUCUUCGUCUUAAACAUCAUUGUCAAAUUCAAAUGGCUGAUUGUGAUGUACCCGAACGUGUUUUAAUUGUUAAUGGUGACCAAACAGACGUACUUAAUUGUAUAUCUGAUAUACUUUCAUGUAUUUCUGAAAAUCAUCAACGUUCAAAUAAAUCUGAUCAAAGUGAAGUACGUGCUCUUAUUCAUCAAUCACAAGCAGGAGCAUUGAUUGGCAAAGGAGCAUCAAGAGUCAAAGAAUUUCGAGAGAAACAUAAUAUUGAUGUGAAAGUUUAUCCUCAAUGUUGUCCUGGUGGUUCAACAGAAAGAUGCAUUUCUAUGCGUGGCAAUAAAGAUGAUGUUUUAAGAUGUUUAACAGAAGUCUAUAGUGUACUUGAGAGUGUUCAACCACGUGGUUUAUAUCGUUAUUAUGAUCCAUCAUCCUAUAGUGGUUUUAAUGUUGCAGAAUAUGGAGGCUAUUCAGAUAAUUUUAUGGGCAAUAAUCAACAAAAUUUUCGAAACAAUAAUGCUUCGGCAUAUGUUAAUAAUCCUUAUGGUUCAUUUCCACCACCACCCCCACCUCAAGGUUAUCCGCCAUAUGGUGGAUCAUAUCCAGAUGAUGGUUAUAAUACAAAUAGAAAUCGUGCUAGUAAUUAUAAUCCAUUACAUCAACAAAGUGGAGCAGUAACAACAGCACAAGUAACUAUUCCAACUGAAAUGGCUGGUAUUGUUAUUGGUACAAAAGGUUCAAAAAUUUCUCAAAUUCGACAAGAAUCAGGUGCAUCAAUUAAAAUUGAUUCUGAACCAAUAAAAGGUACACAUGAUCGAUUAAUAACAAUCACAGGUAAUCCAAAUCAAAUUCAACAAGCGCAAUUUCUUCUUCAACAAACAAUUCGUCAAUCAGGCUUAUGGAAUCAAUAA